AUGCCCAAAGCCCGUUGGCCCCAAGCAGAGGCGGAUAAUCUUUUACCAUGGCUAUCCCGACAUCAGCAUCUAUCAUGGAAAGCAAAGUCUGUGGCAUACAUAAAGCAAUAUGAUCCGGCGAAGCGCUGCGAGGCAAGCAGAACCAGUUGGAAGAUGAAGCUCGCCAGCGAAUGGAGGAAGCUUCUGAAGUCCACCGAGAACCGGCCCGCAAGACAAGGUGCCAACGAAAAGAAGCUUUCCCGUCUUUAA